AAACUACACUUUCUAACCCGCCGCGUUGAGCACAGCAUGAAAAGACGUGAUGGGAGCGUUCCUGGAUAAACCGAGAACGAACAAACACAAUGACAGCGGUGAGGGAAACAAAUUGCUCUUCGGCGUUAGUUCGAUGCAGGGCUGGCGCUGUGAAAUGGAAGAUGCAUACUAUGCCCGAGCUGGUCUUGGCAAUGGUUUGGACGAUUGGUCUUUCUUUGCUGUGUUCGACGGACAUGCUGGUCAUAAAGUGUCCGAGCAUUGUGCCAAGCACUUGCUGGACAGUAUUGUUAGCACAAAAGAAUUUCAGAGCGGCAAUCAUGUGAAGGGCAUACGUAAAGGUUUCCUAGACAUAGACGAAGAUAUGCGUACGCUGCCCGAACUUAAUGAGAAUGCGGCGAAAUGUGGUGGUACAACAGUGGUGUGUGCAUUCGUCUCACCCACAAAGGUGAUUAUAGCGAAUUGUGGUGAUUCACGAGCGGUCUUGAGCCGUGACGGUGUGCCGGUAUUUGCUACACAAGAUCACAAACCAAUAUUGCCGGAGGAAAAGGAACGUAUACACAAUGCUGGCGGUAGUGUGAUGAUCAAACGGGUCAACGGUACACUGGCGGUUUCACGGGCAUUGGGCGAUUAUGAUUUCAAGAAUGUCCAAAAUAAAGGGCAGUGUGAGCAGCUGGUUUCACCCGAACCGGAAAUAUUUUGUGCAGGACGUCAGGAUGAAGAUGAGUUUCUAGUUUUAGCCUGUGAUGGCAUCUGGGAUGUUAUGAGCAACGAAGAUGUCUGCAGUUUUAUACAUUCGAGGCUUAAAGUAUCCAAUGAUUUGGUGAAUAUAGCUAAUGAAGUUGUCGAUACGUGUUUGCAUAAGGGCAGCCGAGAUAAUAUGAGCAUCAUAAUAAUAACCUUUCCUGGAGCACCUAAACCUACCGAAGAAGCUUUGGCAAGCGACAGACGGUUGGACAAACAAAUCGAAAAAAUUGCAAGAGAGGAAAUUGAAAGUAAUGAUAUCACAUGUUGUGGCGAAUUAUUUGAAGCUUUACAAAGUAAAAAUAUAGAAGGUCUUCCACCCGGUGGCGGUCUACAUUCAAAGUAUCACAUUAUAGAGCGAAUAUUUAAGGAAAUGUUUCCCGAAGACCAAUGUGAAACGGCGCCACAUUGAAAACCGGAUGAAACAGACUUU